GGGUUUGACGGCCACACACAGGUUCGCGCAUUGCUAUGAGUCGACACUUCCUUCACACGCACCCACCCUGACGACGCCAAAUACACGGGUGCCUCGACAAUGUCCCUUUUGCAAUGUGUGAUUGAUUAUCUACAGUCUCUGCACAAGCAGCACGCCUCGCCCGGCGCGCCAACAGCUCAGCUCAGUCACUAUGUACAAGCAUGCACUGGCAGAUCCUGACAGACUCCCUAGCUAGAGCUGAUCUCCCUUACGAGCCGCUAGAACCGUCUCGCGCGAUGCCAGCGACUGAUUCAGGAACUUCUCUAAGAAGGCCUCCACCUGCACCCACACACGCAACGAACAGCAUCUUGCUUGACUCAUCAGCGGCCUGCAGUGGCCUGCCUGCCUGUGUGUGUGUGUUGCUGACCAUUCAUACCAUGUCGUCCGAGAAUGAGGUGAGUGUGGGGAAUGCGACGACAAAGUCGUCCCGGUCGUUGAAGCAGUGGUGGGAUGGGGUGUGUCGGCAGAUGGCCCACGGGUAGGCGUUGAUCCAACGCUGAGGCACAAGACGCACCUGCACAGCACACCACACACACACAUCAGCCAGCCCCAUGAUGCGCAUCCCGUCCGUCCAUGUCAUCAUGUGGCCAUACAAACCUGUGUGGGAUACUCCAGCUCGUCCCAUGAGGCGGGCCGCCAUGGAUUCCCCCCGUUGAUCUUCGACAGGUCGUACAUCUGCAGGCCGGCGCUGCCCGUGCUGCUGUCCUGCCGCAGGGGCAGCGGUAGGGGAGGUAUUGGCGUCGUUGCCAAAGGGCGAAUGAGGUGCCACAAGAGGGAGAACUGGUCUCUGACAUUCAAUUCACACAGACAGACACCAUACACAGUGGUGGUGAUGGUGAGCGGGGUGUGGGGUGGGUGCAGUGCGUGGUCUUGUCUGGUGACCUGACGUACCUGAGGUCGUGUCGCAGGAAAGGGUUGGACGGCCCAUCUGGUCCGUAUACCUCUCGCAGGAACUGCUUCGACCAGGGACUGUUGCGGACCAACCAGUUCCCUGCACACACACACACGGCCACCAAUGGGAUGGACGAGAUGGCCUUUUUGCUUUGCCUGUCUGUCUGUCUGUCUCCGUGCAGGCUCUGCUCCCUCUCACCUCCCGCGAGCCCUCGCCCGUCCUCCGAUAUCAGCAGAUGCACAGAUGGAUCCAGCCACGGCCAGCCAUCUGACGUGUUGUUGUUGUUGUUGGCCCUCGGUGCGAGAUCUUGGCACUGGUGCUUUGCACGGCACUGCCGUGCUGCCGCUGGUGUCGCUGGUGGUGGUGUGGCCGUCCCUACAGUGUGGUGGAUGAGGAAGUCUAUGGUGUGUGUCAUGUUGGCGAACAUCGAGUCGCAAUCCAUCCACAGCAACCAAUCGUACGACUCCUGACACACACACACACACACAGAGAGAGAGAGAGAGAUUGGCCCGCCGACAAUAUUUGGCUGUCUUGCUGUGUUACCGACCGUCUCCAGGUGGUGCAGGGUGAGUGCAAUCGCCCCCCACACAGGAUGCCUCUGAGCAGCCGGUGUGGUGGCGCUGCCGUGUGGUGACGCAUGUGGCGGCCUCGAUGUGUAGAAAUGGUUGGCGUAGCCGUGGAGGGACGUGUAGCCCUCACGGUUGGCCCGGGAGGUGCGGGGAAGGGGCGAACCUAUCCACACACACACACACACACAGAGAGAGAGAGAGAGAUCCAUGCGCUUUGUUGUGGGGGCCCUAGGCUGCCCUGUCUGUGUGUGUGUGUGUGUGUGUGUGUGGUCUGACUGACCUUCUGGGUAUUCACACAGCGUCACCACGCCGAUCCGCAAAGAGCCUGAGAUGAGCAAUCUCGGUGGCUGCUGUGUGUGUGUGGUGCAAUGGAUCCCGUCCCAUCCCAUCCCAUCCCCCACCCCUCCCUCGGUCGUCCCUCACUUUUGUAGUCGAUGGGUGUGUCCGCCUGCGGCUGGGGCAGGCCCUCCACCUGGUUGCGGCCCAGCUGAGCUGAAAAGCACCAGCAGUAGCGACAAACAGACAGACAGGUGAGAUCAGCUCCAUGUGGCUGUAGGUGUGCUCACAGAUGAAUACCAGCAAGGGUGAGGUAGUCCUUCAUGAAGUCAGACCACUGAAUGCCCCACAGAUGUCCGCCAUCCAGACACUCGAGGCCUGAAUGAAGAGAACCAAGCAGAAGGAAGAAGAAGGAAGGCAUCACAUCAUGGGCGAGGGAGGCGACAGUGGAUGUGAUGUGUGCAGUGCAAGCCCGCGUGGCGCCUGACCCUUAUCGGUCCUCGAGGUUUGCCACACCUGGCUCAUGGCCAGUUGGUGCAGAUUGUGGGCACGCUGGUAGUAACCCUGAACCAACCAACCAACCAACCAACGAAGGGGAAAGAAGCACAUGUGUGCUGAUGAUCCAUCAAUCCCCCCCCACCUGUGCUGUGCCCACCCGUUUUCUGAAGAAUGUGGCCAGCCGGUACAAGACGGCCGCCAGCGCCAUGGGACACGCCAGGGCGGUGGCGGCGUCCAUCCCAUAACCAUCAGCUAACUCCAGCCACACCGACUGCACACACACAGCCCAACAGACACACACACACACACACACACACAGGCCAGCAAACAGUCAAAUGCCUUCACCGUGUUCCUCCUUUGGCCGUGCGCCCACCAGUGCUUCGACGUCCCUCCCUUGUGCCUCGAGAGCGCUUGCAGUGGCAUAGCCGUCACGAAACACCGCCCAUCCUGACCGACCAAGGCAGCAGCGCAUUGCAAUGGCAGAUCUGUCAUUGCGGUCCAUCAAAAUAUAUGGGCACCUCGGGACCCUGCCCUGUUGCUGCUGCUGCUGUCGCUGUCGCACCGGACAAACAGCCGCUCGCACUCUGAAACACAAUCAUACACAUCCACACACACGCGGCCAUGCAUUCAUCAUUGUCAGUUUUCGCCGCUCACCGUCAAUUCCCUUUGAUGAGGCUUGAUUUGAGGAGUCAGAAGCAGCAUUGGAUCUGUGCAGCAUCGCGGCCGUGAUGAGGAGCAGGGAUGGAAGGGAAGUCAUGAUCAAUUGCACUCGUGUUGGUAUGAUCUGUGGGAGAUUGGUAGCUGAUCCUCGCAGUCCAAGACGCUC